UUCACCAUCAGUAACUACAAGUAUCCUUUCAACUGAUUGUCGUAUUCAUUUUCCCUACAGUUUUCUUCUCGCUUUGAUUUAUCGAACUUUCUAGUCCUCUCUGCCUUUUUUUCUCUUGAUGGGUGGUAGUUUGUCUGCUUUAUUUUUUGAUCCAAACGGGUCUUCAGUUUCGGUGCAAGCGAAGCCGGGUCUUGGUGAUUUGCCAGAGAGUUGUGUGGCGUCAAUUAUUGCGCGUUUGGAUCCGCCGGAGAUUUGUAAAUUGGCGAAGCUGAACAGGGCUUUUCGCUGCGCGUCUUUGGCUGAUGUUGUUUGGGAAUCGAAAUUGCCGUCAAAUUAUCGAACUUUGAUUGAGAAAGUACUCGGUGAUCUCAAAGAAAACAUGAGUAAACGAGAGAUUUAUGCCAGACUUUGUGGUGUUAAUACCCUUGAUGGUGGCACAAAGAAAGUAUGGCUUGAUAAGAGUAGUGGUGGGGUGUGUUUAUCAAUUUCUGCGAAGGGUUUAGCAAUCACGGGUAUUGAUGAUCGGCGAUAUUGGAAUCAUAUUCCCAGUGAGGAAUCUAGAUUUGCUUCAGUUGCAUAUCUUCAGCAAAUCUGGUGGUUUGAAGUUGACGGUGAGAUGGAGUUCCCUUUCCCAGUGGGAACCUAUAGUGUGUUCUUCAGACUGCGGUUGGGUAGGAUGGCUAAGAGGUUUGGUCGGCAUAUCUGCAACUCUGAGCACGUCCAUGGUUGGGACAGAAAGCCUGUUCAGUUUCAGCUUUGGACUUCAAAUGGUCAGCAUGCUUCAUCUCAGUGUAUCUUGAAUGAAACGGGAAGAUGGAUUCAAUACCACAUUGGGGACUUUGUUGUUGAGAAUGACAAUAAGUUAAUGAAGAUUAAGUUCUCUAUGACCCAAAUUGACUGCACACACACUAAAGGCGGUCUCAGUUUAGAUUCUGUACAAAUAUACCCUGGAAAAUAUACAGGGAGGUUAAAGUAUUUUUAAGCAGCAUUUAACCACUGCAUGUAGGAAGUACAUAGAGAUGUAGGGCUUCUUUAAGAGGCAGUGAAAACAAAUACCUGUAGUUCUUUUAGGUCUGGGACCAUUUUUUACACCAGACCUGUGUAUGUUUUGUCUAUCGGUGUGUAUUUAUCUUUUUUUUAUUUUUUGGUUGUCGAGGGCUUCUUUUAUGAGACAAAUGCCCACUUGGUAAUUGAAUCUUAAUGUGAUCAGUUUUUCCCCCUUUCUCUGUGGGAGCUUCUGGGUCA